GCAGCGGUGGAUCUGAAAGCUGCAUGUCGAUGCGAGCCAACGAAUUCUUACGAACCAUUGUCACGAAGAUAGAGGAGCUCAGAUGCUUUCUAUGAAACUCGGCAGAAAUCAACCAGAUCGUAUCAGUAAGCUCAUUGCGUACGUUACAUUUUUUUGGAUUAAAAUUACUCUUCCUUUGUUUUGUUUUGCGGUUUAUCCACGCGUCCAGCGCCGCCAGUUUGUGUGUUGUGUUCCUGUCGCGGUGUGGCAUGUUCGAGGGUCAAAGCAGACGGCACUGAAGUUCUUAUUGCUACUGAGCAGGAUUCAAUGAAAAUGUCCGUUUGUGUCCACGAGAACCGCAAGUCUCGUGCUAGCAUGGGCUCUAUGAACUUCUACCUGUUCCACAAGUCCUCAUAUGCUGACAAUGUGCUAAUGCACCUGAAUGCUCUUCGUCAGCAGAGGCUCUUCACUGAUGUUCUGCUUCAUGCAGGAAACCGCUCUUUUCCAUGCCAUAGGGCGGUGCUGGCCGCCUGCAGCCGCUACUUUGAGGCCAUGUUCAGCGGAGGGCUGAGAGAGAGUCAGGAUGGUGAAGUGGACUUCAGGGACUCAAUUCAUCCUGAGGUUUUGGAGCUCCUCCUGGACUAUGCAUACUCUUCAAGAGUAAUAAUAAACGAGGAGAAUGCAGAGUCUCUGCUUGAGGCAGGUGACAUGCUGGAGUUUCAGGACAUCAGAGAUGCCUGUGCUGAGUUUCUCGAGAAGAACCUCCACCCAUCCAACUGCCUGGGUAUGCUGCUGCUCUCUGAUGCCCACCAGUGCACCCAGCUGUUUCAGCUGUCGUGGAGCAUGUGCCUCUGCAAUUUUCCUGCUAUCUGCAAGACUGAAGAGUUUCUACAGCUGCCCAAGGACAUGCUGGUCCAACUGCUGGCACAUGAGGAACUUGAAACAGAGGACGAGCGUCUGGUCUAUGAGUCGGCACUCAACUGGGUGAACUAUGAUCUUGAGAGGAGGCAUUGUGACCUUCCAGAGCUGCUGCGUACUGUUCGUCUGGCUCUCCUGCCUGCCAUCUUUCUCAUGGAGAACGUUUCCACAGAGGAGCUAAUCAUUGCACAAGCCAAAAGCAAGGAGCUAGUCGAUGAGGCCAUCCGCUGCAAAUUGCGCAUCUUGCAAAAUGAUGGUGUCGUCAACAGUCCUUGUGCGCGGCCUCGAAAGACCAGUCAUGCCCUUUUCCUGCUUGGUGGCACCACAUUUAUGUGUGACAAGCUCUACCUGGUGGACCAGAAGGCCAAAGAGAUCAUUCCAAAGGCAGACAUCCCCAGCCCACGCAAGGAGUUCAGUGCCUGCGCAAUUGGCUGCAAAGUGUAUGUGACAGGGGGCCGGGGCUCUGAGAACGGUGUGUCUAAGGAUGUUUGGGUUUAUGAUACAUUACAUGAAGAAUGGUCCAAAGCAGCUCCAAUGCUGAUAGCACGUUUCGGUCAUGGAUCAGCAGAGUUACGCCACUCCUUGUAUGUUGUAGGAGGUCACACAGCUGCCACUGGCUGUCUGCCUGCUUCACCAUCUGUGUCCUUAAAGCAGGUAGAGCAAUUUGACCCAGUUUCUAACAAGUGGAGCAUGGUAGCACCACUACGAGAGGGAGUAAGCAAUGCAGCUGUUGUCAGUGUAAAGCUCAAGUUGUUUGCCUUUGGAGGGACAAGUGUGGCCCAUGACAAGCUACCCAAAGUUCAGUGCUAUGAUCCUUCUGAAAAUCGAUGGACAGUCCCAGCUUCCUGUCCACAACCAUGGCGCUACACUGCAGCUGCUGUUCUCGGAAACCAGAUCUUUGUAAUGGGGGGUGACACCGAAUUCUCCGCUUGCUCCGCAUACAAAUUCAGCAGUGACUCUUAUCAGUGGACCAAGGUGGGAGAUGUUACAGCGAAACGAAUGAGUUGCCAGGCGGUGGCCUCUGGAAAUAAACUUUAUGUAGUCGGUGGCUACUUUGGUACACAGCGCUGUAAAACACUUGACUGCUAUGACCCCACAUUGGAUGCCUGGAACAGCAUAACUACCGUACCUUAUUCCUUAAUCCCCACUGCUUUUGUCAGCACCUGGAAACACCUCCCAGCCUAAUGCACAUCUGUACUCACCUGUGUGACCCUAGUAUUCCUAAGAGAUUGUCUUGUAUCCCUUUUGUCAUUACUGGAUGCCAACUGUGAAGAUAUGCACUAUAACCCUCCUGUGCAAUGUUAUGAAGAGCUAAACGUGUGUGUGAUGUCCAGUCACAAAGCUUUUUCUACUACAAGUGCACCAAAAUGUUUGGACUUCUGAAGUUUCAAGUAUAUGUUAUGUCAUACCUGUAUCUUGUGGGGUAUCAGAACAUGGGCUUCACCUUGAAAACCAAAAGAACUGCAAUGAAUCCUACAAGACCAGACUACUUCCAGCAAAUUGCAUAACCAGCAUAACUAUCAUUGUCCCCCACAUUUGUGUAUUUUGACUCUUUGUACAAUGCUUAUGCCAUGCAAGCUAAAAUAGACUCCUAUGCCUGUCUAUAUUUGUAUACUGCAUGAAGGACGAGUGAAAGCAUUUGAUUCAGAGAUCAACAUUAGACUCAGCGCAUGAUUGCAGAUGUUAGGAUUGGAGGAUGAAAACUCCCACUUUUGGACGGGUACCUCAUUUCCUGUUAUGCAUCUUCCUUCUCUUCUCCCAUGGUUAUCAUGAUAAUGGAUUCUGCUCCGAAUGAGAUGCUGAGACAUUAUAUGGAGUCUUAACGGCUAUGAUAAACAUGAUUUUGCUGGUUUGAUGAGCAAGCCUUUUUUACAUAUUUGUCCUUCACACCUCUGUACGAGGAAGAGAGAUUGAUGCUGGUGUUUUCCUGAUGAACAGACCUUAGCAGCAUGGUGUGAAAAUGGACAAGGGUACAGAGUGUCCCAAGGUACAUAUACCAGCUGUGUAUAUGUGACUAAGAGAGUGCAGGAGAGGCAUGUCACAGCAUGUUAGUCUGAGUGAAAAACCCAUCUGACCCCUCUCAGCCCCCUUCCCACAACACUAUCAUACCCCCACCCCUUCCAAAAUAAACACCCACCAAACAGUGUGAGCAUGCCCUCUAAUGACAACAAGUAACAAACACUAUCCUUACAUUAAAAUCUUCUAUGGAUUGAUUAACUGGUGUUUAAAGUUUCUCCCGCAAGAGGCUUGAGGUGUGCGAGAAACAUCUACUUUGCGGUUUUUGCCUAUACUAUUCUAAGCACAGUCACCGUAAACCUGAAUGAUGGAAGGAGGGUGAGAGUCAUUUCGUCACUCUGUAAGGGAAUGCAGUCUCUAUGGCAACAACAACAGGAAAAACCUGAACUGUAAAUUUAAAGUAAAUGUUCAAGAAACUGGGUGUCUUUAAAAAUUUCAGUGUCUAAUAAUUGUCGUAAUUUAUGAGUUUGUUUGUUUUUUUAAGGCUUUUGUUUUGUUUUAUCCACUGUGUAUUAACAAUAUUUAGUUUAUAUUCUUUAUUUAUUUCCUUUUUCUGCUUGCGAACAUGUUUGGAUGUUUAAAAGUCGACAGGUUUUUGUACUGUGCAUGGCCCAAUAUGCUCUGUUCCUGCUGCUCUUUUGCACAUUUAGGGAAGAUAAUUUUGACUGAGCGGGUGGAAUUUGUAGUGGUCAGCGAAUGCUUGAGCCCCUUGCUCAUCUGAUCAAAAACAGGGUGGCUUGGGGGGUCAUAGGUCAUUGACAGGAUAAGAAUGGGCUGAAUGAUGUCACUGGUUCAUAUUACCCAGGGUGGGAUGUGGGAGGAGUUCACACAACUUAUUGGAUUGGAUGAUAAUCAGAAUUAGACCAUUUCUGCACACUAGACAAAUCAACUAAAUUCACCUAGGUCCACAUACUUCAAAUAAUGUUCCUGCUGCCCCUAAAUUAUGUUUAGCUAAAUUGCUGGUAUACUUUUAACAAUCAGCAUUUAAUCACACAUCAAACAAAUGUUUAUGGUGUUGUUAUAUAAUUGAACCACAAAAAAAAAAAAAAAUGUGAUUUAACUGCUAAUAAACAGACUACAAUGUUAGCAUAGUUUGUUGCCCCGGACGAGUGGGUUCAACCAGUGCUCCGUGACCCUAUGCCAAACUCAGUCCAGUAUGCACCCUCACUAACCCUGUCUUGCAUCAAUCACUCUGUCAGUGCUGGAUUGCUGUGGGUUGUAAGGAACCUGUAGAGCUAUCUGAGGAAUGUGACAUCCGCAGCUGCUCUCCAAACAGCUGGAACUGUCCCUUAAAGUUCAGUGUACAGUGGAAGCAUUGGUAGCAGUAUGAUUGGAUUGUGAAUUUAACACCGUCACCUCGCUAAGACCCAAUUGACAAAUAGUUUCUUUUUGUUCCUUGUAUAAACCUAACACCUUUUUAUUCGAUUUCUCUGAAAACAAGGACAUUUUUAUAUAAUAUAAAGUCUUAUCUUGUUUUAUGGAUCUAUAUAUAUGUUCACAUGGACCAUCAGAAUAGGGGAAAAUGUGAACUCAGUGAUUUCAACAAUGGAAUGAUUGUUGGUGCCAGACAGGCUGGUUUGAGUAUUUCUGUAUCUGCUAUCUAGAGUUUGGAUGUUUUUUGGUAUCAAACAAGAAACAUCCAUUGAGUGGCAUUUCUACAGAUAGAAACACCUUUUUUAUGAGAGAGGUCAAUGGAGAAUGGCCAAACUGAUUCGAGCUGACAGAAAGGCUACGUUAACUCCGAUAACCACAAUCGUAGUGAGCAGUAUAGAAUCUCAGAAUUGACAACACAUCGAACAUUGAGGUGGAUGGGCUUCAACAGCAGAAGACCACAUUGGGCACUUUAUUAGGACCAUAGUGUUCUUGAGUAUUUAUAUUGUUAUUAUAAUUAAAAAUGUUUUACUGGAAAACUACAAAAAUGCUGAGUAAGUAAAUGCUGUGAUUUCAAUAGUAUAGAUUUAAUGGUGACCACAAUGGUGUUUAGAAUGAAUAAGCUAAAUCCCAAAGGUCUCAAAGUAACUACUAAAAAAAAAGCGAUGUCUACAUAAGGGCAAAGACCAUAGUGCUUUAAUGCCAGUGCCAAGCACACUGCAUAUAUGAUCAGUGUUGAAAUAUUAAUUUCUGAGUGAACACAGUGACAAAGGUUUUGGUUUGGUUGAAAAACACCACUGGCAAUUUGCUAUGCUAUAGCUGUUGUUACUGUUUUUCAUGCUGAUUGCAAACAAUCUAUAUAGCUUUACAUUAAUGGACAUUAAGAAUAUAGUAUUCUGUGUUGUUGCACAGUGACACAGUAGGUCAGUGUAACUGCAAGUGUGCCAUCUAAAGCAAAGCCCAAUAUUCAGAGAAAGAGAAAAACAGUGAGGGGUUUACAUUCCUUCUAGAAACCCUCCCAGAUGAGCAGUUUCAGGAGAAUCUUUCUAACCAUGUUGUCUUUGGCCUUUAGGGGUCUAACACCCCCCCCCCCACCCCCGCAAACUCUGCCCUCCAGCCAAUCAGAGUACUCCAUUCAUCUGCCAUAGCUAUUGUGCAUAAUCAUUAUUCCCCUCUACAAUUUGAACUAGUAAAAGUAGUGUUUUGUUUUUCUCUUUUCUCUCCCUCUUACUCUUUUGCCUUUCCUCCCUCUUCCUGCUCAAGUGGAAGAUUGAUUUGGAAGUGACUUGGGUAUGUGUGUAUUGAGAACACUUAAUUGCUGUAUACCUUCACAGAUGCAUUGCUAAAACACUGUCAAUGUUGGGCUGUACUGUCGUAUAUGUCAUGUUUUUUUUUUUUCCAUUUCUAUAUUUGUUGUAUUCUGUAUUAAUGUAUUCAUAUUUUAACUCAACCACAGCGGUUAACAUUAUUUUGUACAAGUGAUUUUUUUCACAAUGUGAAAUUCAUGGCUUAAUAAAGAUAAGAGUUUUUCC